GAGAGAGAGAGAGAGAGAGAGAGAGAGAGAGAGAGAGAGAGAGAGAGAGAGAGAGAGAGAGACUUUGACUUCUUCCUCGACUCCUGCUUCUCUUCUACUCUCCUCCAGGCCCUCUCCACUUGUCUGUGCCUGUCACCCAAAAGCAGAGCGGCAUUCUUCAACACACACACACACAGACAGGGGUUGUGUGCAGAUGCAUUCCUCUUGGUCCUCCUCUUCCCCAGUUGAGUUAUUUUUAAUCCAGAGAGAGUUUUAGACCACCGAAUAGAAGCUGCCCGGUAGUCAUCAGUCAGAAGCAUCUUUAACCAUAACAACAUACGCUUUAACCAUCUGCCAUGUACAUCCCCAGUUACACUAACUUCCUGUACUACUUGUACACAACUGGGGUUGUGUACUGAUGUCGGUUUAAGUUGUCAAACUACUCAAGGGCACCGGCAGCCAUCUUUGAGAGUUUGUUGAAUGUACAAAAUGGAAGUGAUGGAGUGAAAGGACAUUGCAACCUCAACAACUGUAUGUGUUGACACACAGUUGCCAUUCACAUGCCAGUCAGCUAUGAACACAAAGUGCGUCUGUGCUACCGUCGCUUAUCCUACACUAGCAAUGCCCAUGUUUGGUGUCGGGCCGGGGUUUCUAGAUACCCUUUCGUGUAGAUAACCAUGACUUUAAUGGUUAGCCUGCUUCAGCUAGCAAUUUGUCUGAGCUUGCAAAGCCGCCGUUAGCCGUGGAUGUCUCGUUUUGGCAGGUGAACACAGCUGAUGCUAGCUGUGGGUUUGGGUGGAUGCACUGGUACGGCAUGCAUCCAUUCCAGAUCGUUUAGCCUAGACGUUGAAUUGAUGCUAACUGCGUGUAGCUUCUUUCCUCAAGCUAGGCAAAUUUUAUUCUAAAUCAAUUAAUUGCGUGCGUCAACUUUUCCAAAGUUGGCAUAGUUUAUAAGUUAUAAUGAAAAAAGAUUCUACAUUUUGCUCAAAGAUGCUACAUGCAGUGAGCAAGUUGACUGCAGUCUUUCUCCCACUCCCUGUGUCUUCCUCUCAUCUCCUACCCAUUCACCGCUGACCACUAAUUAGCCUAACCUGCAUCUAAUCUCUUAAUCUCUCUCUGAUGCUCUCCUCCCCCUCUCUUCUCUCCCGCUCCCAUCCUCUUAUCAUCUGUUUUAAGUAUCUCCAUCCAGCCGUCCCUCUUUCCACUCGGGUUCCUCUUGUGUCUUUGCUCCACUUCCAUGCGUGAGUCUAGGUUCUCCUUUUUUUCUCUUUUUCCUUAUUUUUCUCGUACUCGUUGUCGGCGGGUCAUUGCACAGGAGUCAUUUGAGACACAAAUCAUCAGUGAAGGGUUGAUUACAAGUUAAUGAUCAUGGAGUGAGAGGCAACGGCUUGUGUGUUUAACCUGAACGCUUCUUACAAUAUAAAUGUGAGCACUUCACGUCCUCCUGAUAUCGCAAUCGCUUCUAGGGGUGUACGAUGUGACAAUAUUAGAUGGUGAACGGUUAAAAUAUCUCAAAUCUCUCCGCGAUCUGCCUUUACACAGAGAUUGUUAGUAUCGUGCUACAGUGCACAUUCAAUCCAUUUAGAGCAUGGAUGCCCGACCUGACCCCUUCGGGACCCAAAGGGUCGGGUCUGGUUCGGACAAAUAUUUAGGAUUGAUGCUCGGGUCCGGGUCGGGCUUGGACACUGCGUGAUGAGGCGUUAAAACAGCCUCUUGUGCUCGCAGUCAAAAGCAGUUAAAGCAAGCUUGUUGUAUUCCUUUAAUAAAGGCGUGCUUUCAUUGUACAAACGUAAACAUGUCAUUACUAUUGUGAGAAAAAAUUGACUUUUACUGUGUCGGGUUUGUGUCGGGCUCGGACAUCUUGAUGCCUGUCGAGCUCGGUGACUUCUCUGUCGGACACGGGCCGGACUCGGAAAGAAAUAUGCGGCCUGUUCCGCGCUCUAUUGCAGUUCUAUGGCUCAUACGCGCAUCCAAAGUUGUUUGCCCAACCGAAACUUAAAGUCUGUUACACCCCUUCCCUAGAAAGACACACCAAUAAACCAAUAAUAGCAAACAGUAGGUAUUGCCUUGGACUCCCCCUUUUUAUUUGGCAAGUUAUCCAAAAGUCUCUGAUUGUACUUGAAUACAAGUCUAAACAUGUCAAAAUUCUUGUUGAAUGUUCAUACUUUGUAGAAUUGCAGAUGCACAUUUGAUUAAAUCUGUUGAAAAAGUUACUCUGGUCUGUUAUUCUUUCAGUUCUGUUACCUUGUAGGGCUUUAAAUUUGAAAAUUAGUUUGGUUGUACUAUUCAGUAACUUGCAUAAUAGUCUUAAAAACCAACUUGAAAAAGAAUCGUUAUAAGAUCGUGGAUCGUGAUCCGGCCUGAAAAAAUCGUGAUUUGAUAUUUUUGCCAUAUCGCCCACCCCUAAUCUCUUCCUCUGCGUCUUCUUUGCAACUAUUUGAUACACACCUUUCAGUAAACCAGUUAAGCAGUAGUGGAUGGCAGUGGCUUAAUGGUCUUUUGUGGACUAGCUAGCGUUUAGCUCCCGCUGCAGAAGUUGCAAGGGGUGACAUGUUGAUGUGGUUUUGGUGUGCUGAGCCAUUUUCUUCCAUGCUAUCUGCUAGCAUCUCUAGAUCCUUCAAAGAACACCACACGCGUCGCACACAGGCCAACAUUGCCGUUGUAAAGAUGCUGGUCUUUUGGAAAUGAUCGUCAGUUUUGUGCUUUGUAUUUAUGAUGAUGCAUAUUGCUGUGUCCUGUGCAUGCACUGUUCUGAUGAUGUUUACACUCUUUUAGCCUGGUGUUUACGUGUGCAUGUUUCAAUGCAAAUAUUUUUUGUAGGGAUGCUAUGAUAUUUUAUUAUAUUUGUUUACAGCUCCAGCACAAAUAUUGAAUAUAUAAAUAUUUGGAGCCAGCCGUAUUGCCUUGUCUUUUAUGGGAAAUUAGUAUAAAUUCACCAAGCAUGCAUAAAGGCACUCUUAAUGUGUGUGUGUGUGUGUACGUGCGCGUGUGUUUAUGUGUGUGUGCGUUCUUGCUGACGUCCUGUGUCUCUGUGAUCUCCCCUGCAGUGUGAGCAGUGGUUGCGGUCACACACACACAGCCAGGUGGGCUAAACCCCGCCCCCCAGAACUCGCCCCCUCCCCAACUCAUCCGCAGGUUCGAGCCCAGCUGUGCCCCGCGGGCCUUGGUUUAGGCACCCGAGAGCACCGUGAUGGAGAACUCCACCGAGGAGCAGCGAGAAGUGGGAGGAGCCAAUGGUGAACUGAGCCAGGAGGAGGCGGGACUUACAGAGAGCACACACAACAACCUGAAAGGGUGCAACGGAGUUAUGGAUGGAGAGGAAGAGGAAGAGGAGGAAGAUGAGAUGGAGAUGGAGAACGGCGAGGACGGGGAGGAGGAGCUCCUGAACGGAGAUGAAGAAGGCGGAGGAGUGGAGAACGGAGGGAGCGAGAGAGAGGAGGAGGAGGAGGAGGAGGAGGAUGAGGAGGGCGACGGGGAGGGAAGAGGCAGAGAAGGAGGGGAUUACCUCUCAUCUAUCAACGCCAUGAUGUCAGCGGUGAUGUCAGCGGCCGGGACCAUAAAUGGGGAAGACGCAGACCCCGACAGCUCCUCCCCCAACAAGUCCACACCCACCAGAGGAGGAAUAACCAACCGAAAUGUCCGUCGUAACCCGGAGGCCAAAGAUGAAACUUGCACGCACAUCUGCCCACUGUGCAACAAGAACUGUCAGUCACAACACCAGCUCACCAUGCAUAUCAGACAGCACAACGCGGACACCGGGGCCACAGACCACUCCUGCAGCAUUUGUGGGAAGUCGCUAAGCUCCGCCUCCUCCCUGGACCGCCACAUGCUGGUGCACAGCGGGGAGCGGCCCUACAAGUGCUCCGUCUGUGCACAGACGUUCACCACCAACGGGAACAUGCACCGGCAUAUGAAGAUCCACGAGAAGGACCCGACCACCUCCCUGCUCCCGGUCAGCCCCUCCUCCCCUGCCAAGCGCCGCCGCCCCCCCAACAAGAGGAGGCUGGGCCUGGAGGACGAGCUGGGAGAGGAGCCGCCCAGCAAGAAGGUGCUGGAGGAGGGCCUUCCUGAGGAGGUGAGCUCCGUGAGAGAAGGAGGAGCAGGAGGAGCAGGAGGAGAAGCAGCAGGAGGAGGAGCAGGUGGAGGAGGAGGUGGAGUAGAGGAGCUCCUUCCCUGUCCAAUUUGCUUCAAGACCUGCACCUCCCGCCAUGAUCUGGAUGCCCACAUGGAUGCACACCCCGACACCGCACUCAGGUGUGACCUGUGCUGUGUGUCGUUCCGCACACACCGCGGCCUGCUGCGCCACAACGCGGCCGUGCACAAGCUCCUCCCCCAGGACCCGGCCGGCCGGCCCUUCAUCCAGAACAACCCCUCCAUCCCCAGCGGCUUCAACGACCUCGCCUUCAUCGACUUCUCCUGCAAGAAGUUCACCCACAUCGCACAGGUGUGGUGCGAGACCAACCUGCGUCGCUGCGUCAGCAAGUUCCACCGCUUCGUGUGCGAGGCGUGCGACAAGGCCUUCCCCCUGCGCUCGGCCCUGGACCUCCACAAGACCACCACCCACCCCGGCCAGCCAGCAGGGGGCGCCCCGCCCGCCAAGAGCCAGGAGAAGACGCCGACCGCGGUGGAGGAAGGCCCGCCCACGGCCAAGUCCCACUUCCUGGAGUCGCUGGGCCUCCAGCACGUAUCCAAGGUGAAGGCCGUCCCGUCCGACGACGAGAUCCACCAGGCCCACCUGGACAGCAUCAAGGUGAUCCACGUGGAGCCCCCGUCCGCCAGCCUCCCCCAGGAGCCCAACCCCGCCUUCCUGACCGGAGGCCUCGGGCUGAGCCUGGGCCUGGGAGUAGGAGGGCUGGCCGCCCUAGGAGGCCUGGGCCUGGGCAUCCCCGUGCUGGAGGCCUCCGGCUCCUCCCUGCAGGGCCUGUCCCAGCAGGACGCGCUGCGCCUGCUCUCCCUGCAGCCCUUCCCCCGCGGCUUCCUGCUGCAGCCGGAGGGCUGCGGCGCCGGGGCCAGCGCCCCGUCCUUGGGGGUCAAACCCAGCGAGGCCGGCCUCAUGGAGCUGGCCGACAUCCACCAGAUCAUCAAGGUGGCGGCCGCGCCCAACCCGACGGGCCUGCCGCCGCUGGCCAAAGCCCCCGCCUACAUGGGAGCGCACGGCCAGAGCCAGAAGCAGAUGCCCCCCCUGAAGCCCAAACCGCCCCACACGCCCCGCACCAGCCUGACGGCCUCCACGCCGCCCCCCCUGCAGAGCUCCCAGCAGGCCUCCCUGGGGUGCAUGAGCCCCGGCCUGCCGCCGCCCGCGCCCAGCCCCUUCAAGACCCCCGCCUCCUCCUCCUCCUCCUCUUCCUCAUCCUCCUCCUCCUCCUCCUCGUCCUCGGCGGCGGCCGGCAGCGGCGGGCAGAUGGAGGCGGACUGCAUGGGCGACAGCCGCACCCCGUCGUCGGACUCCCCGCCCGUGGCGGCCACGGCCCAGCAGGAGGAGGCGGGGCUCAGCGCCCGGGGCAAGGCGGGCGGCAAGACGCCCGGCAACGGCGGCAACGGCGGCGCCGCCAAGGGCUCGUUCCCGUGCCGCUUCUGCGACCAGGUGUUCGCCUUCUCGGGCGUGCUGCAGGCGCACAUGCGCUACCACCUGGGCACGCUGCCGCACCAGUGCAACAUCUGCGACUACGUGGCGCCGGACAAGGCCACGCUGAUCCGCCACCUGCGCACGCACAGCGGCGAGCGGCCGUACGUGUGCAAGGUGUGCCACUACCCCUUCACCGUCAAGGCCAACUGCGAGCGCCACCUGCGCAAGAAGCACGCCAAGACGUCGCGCAAGGAGAUCGAGAAGAACAUCAAGUACAUCACCUCCGCCGCCAGCGAGGGCGGCAUCACCAUGGCGACGACGGCCACCGCCACGGCCACCCAGGAGGCGCCGGAGGGCGUCGGCGGCGGCCGGGUCGGCGGCACGGAGACCACCUGCCAGUACUGCCAGGAGAACCUGGGCAGCUACCGGGCGCUGCAGAUCCACCUGCGCACGCACGAGGCCAACGGCUGCCAGCGGAAGCCCUUCGAGUGCCGCUGCUGCGGCGCCGCCUUCCUGGCCAAGCGCAACUGCAUCCACCACGUGCUGAAGCAGCACCCCGAGGUGCAGGAGCGGGAGAUCGAGGAGCACAUCGCCACCCUGCUGCCGGCCGCCAUGCUGCCGCCGCCCCCCUCCUCCUCCUCCUCCGUGGCCACCGCCACCGCCGCCCGGAGCGGCCCGCUGCCACUGCCGCUGCUCAACGGCCUGGCCCCGCCACCCCGCCACCCCCUGAAGGCGGUGAAGGUGGAGGAGCUGACGGUGUACUCGGUGGCCCCCGGCCCCGUGGUGGACCUGGACCUGGACCAGCCGCUGGACUUCUCGGCCAAGGGGAGCCGUUUGAGGGCGGGCAGCGCGGGCCCCCCGCCCGCCAUCAAGGUGGAGAGCCUGUCCCCCACGGGCCCCGACUGCUCGGCGCUGGACCAGCCCAUCGACCUGUCGGUCCCCAGCAAGAGGCAGCGGCCGGCGGAGAGGAGGGAGAUCAAGGCGGAGCCCAGCGCCUCCAGCAUCGUGGAGCAGCAGCUGCAGCUGCAGGCCCAGCAGAGCCUGCAGGCCCAGCAGAGCCUGCAGGCCCAGCAGCUCCAGGCCCUGGCUCUGACCAAGGCCCCCCAGCACGCGGAGGACCCCCUGGGCAGCGCCCUGGCCCCGCUCCACCCUCACCCCCAGCCCGGCUGCUACCAGCUGCCCCCCGGCUCCACCCCGCCCCCCUCCUCCCUCCCCGGCGCCGGGCCCCGGGCCCCGCGCCUCAAGCCCCUGCUGCCCAAGCCCUCGGCGCCGCCCGUCGGCAGCCUGCCGCCCCUGGCCUCCAUCGCCCAGAUCAUCCACUCCGUGUCCGGGGCCCCCGACCUGCUGAAGAGGGAGGCCCCCCCUCUGGAGGCCAAGGCCCUCGCGGGGCCCAUCUCCUCCCAGGGGGAAGCGGCCACCGGCCCCGCCCCCGCGGAGGUCCAGAGUGAGGAGCCGGCGGCCGAGACGGCUCCCAGCAGCGGCGGCAGCGGCAGCAGCAGGAAGCGCCCCAGGAAGAAGGCGUCUCUGGCCCGGGAGCGCGCCCGGGCCCAGGCCCUGGGCUCCGGCAUCGACCUGGAGUCCAGCGGAGAGUUCGCCAGCGUGGAGAAGAUGCUCGCCACCACCGACACCAACAAGUUCAGCACCUACCUCCAGACGACCAGGGCCCCCGGAGAGACCCCCGCCCGCAGAGGAGAGGCUGAGGGUCAGGGAGGGGGGACAGGGGAGGACUGCGGGGCGGAGGACAGUAAGCCGGCGGUGAUCGGCCCCCAGUCCAAAGGGAAGAAGAAUGCCUACUCCAACUCAGUCCAGAAGAUGACCUGUCCCUUCUGCCCACGCGUCUUCCCCUGGGCCAGCUCCCUGCAGCGACACAUGCUCACACACACUGGUCAGAAGCCCUUCCCCUGCCCAAAGUGCGACGCCUUCUUCUCCACCAAGUCCAACUGUGAGCGCCACCUGCUGCGCAAGCACGGUGUGGCCAACCGCUCGCUGCGGCGCAACGGCUCCCUGGGCCGCAAGGACGGCGAGGACGGCUCCCACGACAGCGGAGACAGCCAAUCAGACACGGAGCAGACGACCCAAGAGGCCGUCGACCUCAGCAGCCCCCAGUCCGGCUCCGCCCCCUUCCCGGACCAGAGAGCUGGCUCUUUAGACCAGCCCAAACAUCGGACAUCCUCCAACACUAGCCCCGCCUCCAAGCCAGGCCAAGGGUCGAGUUCAGCAGAGCAGCCUCGAAGCAUGGAUCACUCAGGCCAGCAGGAGGCGCCAAAGAACCGACAGCAGCCGCUACAGAUCAACACUAACAAUGUGGUUACCAAGAUGGAAAACGAGGACGAUGAGGAUUGCCAUAGCAACAAGAGCCUGGACCUGAACUUCGCCAGCAAGCUCAUCGACUUCAAGUUCUCCCCGUCCUCGGCCUCCGGGUCCGGGGAGGGGGAGGGGGCGCCGAGCUCCCGCCCUCCCAGCGCCCACACCAACACCCCCCCUUCCUCCUCCUCCUCCUCCUCCUCCUCCUCCACCCCCUCCUCUGGCCCGGCGCCGGCCGGCCUCCACGAGGAGCAGAGGGCGCCGGCCGCCGCCUCGCCGGGCCCCGCCGCCGCCAAACCGACAGAGUACAAGCACGUGUGCCGUGUGUGCAGCAAGAGCUUCCGCUACGCCACCACCCUGGCCCGCCACGAGAGGGCGCACCUGAGCGAGGAGAGUCCCGCCGCCGGCGCCGGCGCCUCCGGGUCGGAGGUCACGCCGGGGAAAGAGCAGACCCCCGAGGCCGCCACCGAGACCCCCGAAGGGGAGGAGAAGAACGCAGUGCAGGACGAGGAGGAGGAGGAGCAGGAGGACGAGGAGCAGGAAGAGAGGAGGAGGAUGAGGAAGGAGGGAGGGGAGAGCGGGGAGUCCGACAUGGAGGAGGAGGAGGAGGACGAGGAGGAGGAGCGCAGUGACGAGGAGGGCGGCGCGGCCGAACCAAAGAGCAGCGAGGAGGGCGAGGAGCGCGCCGGGAGCCGCGUGGACAAGAGGAAGAAGAUCUGCAGCGUGUGCGGCAAGCGCUUCUGGUCGCUGCAGGACCUGACCCGCCACAUGCGCUCCCACACCGGCGAGCGGCCGUACCGCUGCCAGACGUGCGAGCGCACCUUCACCCUGAAGCACAGCCUGGUGCGCCACCAGCGCAUCCACCUCAAGCCCCGGGGGGCCGACGGCCCCGAGGCUGCGGGGCCCCACGCCGGGGGCGCCGGCUCCGCGGGGGCCGACGACGCGGGGGCCGACGACGCCAGCGAGUACGGGGACUCCGCCUUCACCCCCACCUCCACCUGCACGCCCUCGGAGAACGAGAGCGAGGGAGGCAGCGCCGCCGGGGUCGGAGGUCGAGGAGAAGUGGGCGGGGACGAGGAGGAGGAGGAGGAAGAGGAGGAAGUGGAGGAAGAGGAGCGGGAGGAGCAGAAGUUGUCUGAACCCGCUGGUGAGUUGAAACAAGAACCAGAAGUGGCCGUAGAGAAGAAGGACGUGAUGGAGGAAGAGGAGGAGGAGGAGGGUGCACAAUCUGAGCCGGAGGAGAAUCCUUUGGAGGCCGCCGUCGCGUCCCCUGGAACAGAACCGGCCCCAGAGUCCAGCCAACCCAGCGGCCCCCCCACCCCUCCAGCGGACCCCCCCGCCACCCCAGACACCACGGGGGGCUCAGAACCUCCUCCUGCAGAACAGGCUCCGCCUCCCGCGACCGCCGAGCCGGCACCUACCAGCCCAACCCCCGCCGCCGCCGACACCGAGGCGACCGCCUGCGACACGCCGGAUCCCCCCGCCGUUGCCAUGGCAACCGCCGCCGCCCCGCCCAUGCCAUUAGAUACGCCCGCCCGGGAAGUAGCCCCGCCCUCAGCCCCGCCCACAGCCCCCCCUCACGCCUCCACGACCUCGGAGCGGGAGAUCCAGCCGCCGACAGAGCACGUGCUGCCCAGCGCAGACUCUCCCCUGGUGGGGGCGGAGUGAGGCUGCUCAGCCCCCCCGCACACACACACACACACACACACACACACACACCCCCUGCUCCUCUACCUCUCAGCAACCGCCUGGUUCUCUGGAGGUCGGGACAAACCUAACUAUCGUCACCAGAGUGCCAUAUCGACGCGACCACGAAUUUAACGCGCCACCAUCGAUGACGACGAUGAUGAUGAUGAUGAUGAUGAUGAUGAUGAUGAUGAUGAUGAUGCCUAUGACAAUGGUGAUGUAACAGAGAGUUUGGACAGAGACUCAAACCUCUUAUCCUUGAAGUGCCUUACUACUUGUUCCUCUUCUUUCACAUGAUUUACUUGUCAAUCUUUAUCUACAGUAUAUUGGGGAGUGGAUCCAAUUUUAAAGCUUUUUAUGAUUGCGCAAAACAAUGUUUUUUUUUUCAUUUUUAUUAUUGGUUUUGCCAAUCGAUAAUUUCAGCAAUAAAAUAAUACAUUUAUCCUUGAUUUUUGUAUGAGAAUUCAUGAUCAAGUUUGCGGACGCAGGCAGAUUGUGGCGAUCAGCCCGUUCGGUGUGAGGCCGUGGGGCUCACCUGACUUCUACAUCGACCAAUCACAAACACUCUUGCUGCAGACUAGGAGGUCUUUUCAAACUGGAAUGUAUGCAAUAUGGCGGACAGUCGGAGAGUCAAAACGGACGGACAGACAUUUGGACUUCUCUCUUUCUGCGGACCUGCUUUUCUGAGUAAUUCUUUUUUUUGUUGAAAAGACUGCCGUCGUGGUUCUCCGAAGCCGUUUUUGUUGAGUUUUUCCUGACGCAGGGUCAGUCAAGUGCAUUGAGAAACAAACAAACCAAAACUUUAUAAUGUAACUGAUGUCAUCCCAACGGGCCUCGCUCUGUGAAGGAACAGGGCUGCAGGUUGGAUAUUUAGUUUAUUUUCUUCUUCCUUGUUUCACUAUUAAUCUUAGUCGCCCGGAAGCGUAUCACUCAUUGACAGAUUGAUAUGGGCAAUAUUUGCCCCUCCCCCUCCUUCCCCUAUGCAUUCUGGAGGUUGGUUUAUGUUCAUAUUUUCUCAUCUGUUUCAGUUGAUUCCACAUGUACAUUAACUGUAUUGUGUGUGCGUGUGUAAGGCAUGUCUGAGUUUAAUACUAAAGUAUUUUUGUGUUUGGCUCUUAGCGGGCUUUGUUUUUUGAUGAGGAAGUUGUCUGUCAAGUUGGAUGUUUUCUAUUUUAUAAUGAACAAAUCUUUUUUCUCUAAUUUUCUACGAUUAUUGUCUUGAGUGUGUGAUCUGGUUAGGCCGUCUCAUUACCAUCAGCCCCCCCCCCCCCCAGUAGUGUUUGUAGAGAGACAUGACAACACUGUGGUUUUGCUUGCCCUCCAAGGUUACUCACAGGGAAAGCACUAGAGUGGUUCUCCUAAAAACCUCUGUGUAUGAAUAGUUGACAAUCUGCAAAAAAAAACAAGUCUUCAAACAGGUCUUCCACAUUUCUAACCUUCACCGGGCUGACCAAGGGGCAAACUGACGCUUGCUGAGUCCCCACAUCAUUGUUUGAUUCAUUUUUUUAUUCUAAACCUUCUGAUCCACAAAAUGAUUUUCCAUUGAUCUGGCAUCAACCUCAGGCUCAUUAUGCCCCUUAAGUUUGACAAGAAGGUCUACACUUCUGGUCUUUUCUUUGUCUCGUUGGCAACGUUCUAGACAAUAUGAAUUGAAAUGAGACCUGUGAACUGUGGUUUUUAAGCCUUAAACACGCCAGUGUCCUUAAUCUCGGAGCGGUUCUGACCGUCUUGCUUCUGCGGUUGGUUUGAGAGCCGUUGAUGUACUAGAGGGACGUGGAGGCUUCCAGGGCACCGCGUCCCGCUACGUCAACACUGAACGGACACACCGCUUCCACUGUGUCCGCUAACACGCGUUACAAGGGCUAAAGGACCUGCGCUGACUGCAGAGCUAGCUAUGUGGACUUGAUUCUCUUCAUAUAAACUCUUGUUUCACGUGAAUGCAACUCCGUGGUGCAUUCACAACCCCCAGACAUUGACUGGGGAUAACAGGAUCGUAGCGCGACAGCUGUUUGGCAAACUGAGCAGCAAUGACGACAUGGGCCUGCUGGGCUUACUGCAAAAACUGGCAGUAAUAUUGCACAAAACGACUACUUCUACAACUAAUAUCAACGACCACAAUACUCGACUUUUCUACUCGACUGGUAAUAAGAUGUAUUGUUAACAAUGAGUACGUUUGGGUUGGACUUCUGAAGUACUUUGACUCUCUUAGAAUGAUUUCACUUAAAUAAGCUGUCAAACGGACUGAGCCUGGUUCUCCUCCCCAGGCCCGUUGGCGCCAUCUAGUGGUGCUGCCAAGGUAGUACAGUAUUCCAUUACUCGGCAUGUCCUCUGCAGCGGAGUCCAAAGCAGUUCUAAAGGCCUCAGAGUCUCUGCUCCUCUGAGUCUCCUCUCCGCUAUCUCUGCCUGGCCCUUUCUGUCUCAAUAACCUUUUAGUUCAGCUUUAAAUCGUUUGUGUGUGUGUGUAUGUGUGUGUUGCUAUGCACGGGCAUGGAAAUACUGGAGGUUCAUUUCAAUGCACAUGGACAGUUUUUUUAAUUGUAUUUAUUUAGAGCCCGGAUGAAUAUGUCUGUGUGUGUGUGUGUGUGUGUUGAGAGAGAGAGAGAGAGAGAGAGAGAGAGAGAGAGCGAGGGAGAGAGCGAGGGGGGGCGGGGGGGCGGGCAGGGCAGGGGGGAGGUUAAGGGCAGUCUCGACAUUGACUUGAGAAGAAGCCAUGUAUUAAAUAUAUAACAACAAUGCUGUAGAUUUGUUUUGCAUACUGUUGGGUUUUUAGUUGUCUUUCUGUUUUUUUCCAAUGUGUAGACUAACUGCCCUCUGAAUUGUGUUUGAGGCGGCUGUUGGGAAUAGAACUAGCAAUAAUGCAUUAUCUCUGAAUCCAAAAAGCUUUAUGUAGAUCUCAUGUAUGUGAGUUGAUAACAAUCUGUCUGGUUCUGUUUAUUUUUUUUUUUUUGUUUGGCUAAGAAUUGAUUUUCUGUUUUUGUUUUUCAAUACAAUAGGCUAUAUACAUAAAUAUAUAUAUAUAUAUAUAUAAAUAUAAAUAUAAAUGCAUAUUAAACUGUGAAGCUCCAAUGUGUUCAGUUAAGGGUAGGGUAGGCUGUAGGUGAUUCUUUAUUCGUUUUUGCAUGUCAAGCGAAUUUGUUCAUUCAUGAAUAAUUGUUUCUUUGCUUUCUCCGUAUAUACAAAUAUAUAUGCAUAUAUAUGUAUAUACAUGCAUAAAUGUGUAUAUAUAUAUGCAUAUAUGUGUAUAUAUAUGAAUCUUGCUCUCAGGGUCUCUAUGAAAUCCAUUAUUCAGUUUUCCCCCCCUAGUUUCCCGAGUUGCCAGGUGCCCCCACCCCCUUUAAGUUGUGAUUAUUCUACUAUUUUUGUUUCUUAUUUUAAUGAUGAUUCAGAACUGUCAAUCACUACAUCAAGCACUUGACUGUGAAGUGGGCGUGGUCAGAACAGGAAACGGAACAGCUAGAACGUUAACGGUUCGCCCAGUGAGCCGCCGAUCGUAUUUUUUAUUUUACAUCUGCCAGCACAAACAACUGAUGGGUUAAAAUAUCGGGCUUGAGUUCCUGAUGGUUGGUUUUGGACUUGGUUCGGUUAGCGUCAUGGUCAUCCCGGGACCGUCCUCGGGCCGACCUGCUGGGUUUGUGGUUUGGGGUCUGGUCCGACGGGCCGCCCAGGGGGUUUGAACCCCCCGGGGUUUCAGGCUGUAGCUAUACUGACAUUGGCUGUGUCUUCCUGGCACUGAUGUGCAAGGGAUCGCUCUCCUCUUAAAGACACACACACACACACACACACACACACACACACACACACACACACACACACACACACACACACACAGAGAGGACCUCAGUCAGUUAUGUAUGAGCGUGCGCCACGUCUGGAACGCUGACCUUGUUCUGUAUGCAACUCAUUUAAGAAAAAGAGCAAUAAAGAUAACAUUAAAUGAAAUGUGUGAAUCAAA